GGUUAUAUAAUAAGAAUGAUCAAGUACACAUGUUUUCGUAACUGGAAACUUCUUUUUAAUGGAGAGGUUUUGGAUUCAAAAGAGAAAUCUUGUUUCAUUUCUUCUUGUUUUGUUUCUCUUUAUCUCCAACGGUUUUGUUUUUAGUCAAAACGAUGUCGUUAACGAAGACUCCGUGUCCGAGCAAGAACGUGUUAGGGUUAGGGUUGGUUUAGUUUUGGAUUUGGGUUCCGUGGAAGGCAAGAUAGUGGGAAGCUCUGUUUCCAUGGCCCUUUCCGAUUUCUACGCCGUCAACAGUGAUUACAAAACAAGAGUCUCUCUCUCAGUUAGAAACUCUCAAGGAAAGCCUCUCCUUGCUCUAGCGUCUGCUGUUGAUCUGCUGCAAACUGUAGGAGUGGAGGCGGUUAUCAGUGGGGAUUCGUUGCAGGAAACAAAGCUUUUGGCUGAGAUUGGGGAGCAAGCUAGGGUUCCUGUGAUAUCACUUAACUCUCCGACUUCAUUGUCAUUGAGAAAAUACAGCCAUCUGAUCCAAGCGACACAUGAUUCUUUCUCCGAAGCAAAGGGCAUCACAGCAUUCAUCCACGGGUUUGAUUGGAAGAGUGUUGUCCUUGUUUAUGAAGAUGAAGAUGACUGGAGAGAGAGUAUGCAACUCCUGGUGGAUCAUUUCCAUGAGAAUGGAGUUCAUAUACAGUCCAAGGUUGCUGUAUCUCCAAAUGAUGAUUGUAUGAUGGAUCGGUUAAGGAAGCUGAAGGAUUUGGGAGCGAGUAUCUUUGUGGUGCACUUGUCUGAGCUUGUAGCAACUUAUCUCUUCCCAUGUGCUGGGAAGUUAGGGAUGAUGGGUGAAGGGAAUGCUUGGAUACUAACUGUUAAAAGCAUGAACAGCUUUCAUGAGAGAAGUGGCGACGGUUUUUCAAAAGAAGCAAUGGAAGGUGUGGUUGGUUUCAGGUCAUACAUUCCAAUGUCAAAAGAGCUUCAAAAUUUCACUUCAAGAUGGAGAAAAUCACUUCCUGUUGAAGAAGAAGCUGUUGGGUCUGAGAUACUUGGGUUGAGCAUCUCCGGCAUAUGGGCUCAUGAUGUAGCAUGGGCACUGGCGAGAGCAUCUGAAGUUGCUAGGAUCCCAAAUGUGUCAUCAACUCUCCUGGAGGCAAUCACACAAUGUAGGUGUAAGGGUUUGAGUGGUGACUUCCAUACCAAGGAUAAGAAUUUCUUGUCAGACAAGUUUGAGAUUGUGAACUUGAUAGGAUUAGGUGAGAGAAGGGUAGGAUUCUGGAAUUCUAAUGGUAGCUUCAGCAACACAAGAGAGUUGUCAUCUUGUACUCAUAACAAGCUAGAGACCAUAUUUUGGCCGGGUGGGACUAUUCAAAGUCCGCAAGGGCGCAAAAGAAAAACACUGAGAGUUCUGGUCACAUCCAGUAACAGGUUCCCAAGACUGGUGAAGGUGGAGACUGAUCCACUAACAAAUCAAGUAACUGCUGAAGGGUUUUGUGUAGAUGUCUUCCGAGCUUCCAUUAGCCCUUUCAACUAUGAAGUGGAAUUCACACUUUGGCGCAAUGGUAGCAACUACGACGAUCUUGCAUAUGCACUUAGUAGCCAGAAAGACAAAUAUGAUGCAGCCGUUGGAGAUAUUACAAUCACUUAUAAUAGAUCAAGUUAUGUUGAUUUUACGAUGCCAUUCACAGAAAUGGGUGUUGGCAUUAUAACAUCAAGAGAGAGAAGUGCGUGGGUGUUCUUAAAACCUCUAACACCAGAGCUUUGGUUAACAACGGCAGCUUUCUUUGUCUUAACGGGCAUUAUAGUUUGGUUGAUAGAAAAACCUGAGAACACGGAGUUCCAAGGAACUUGGUCAAAACAGAUUGGAGUUAUCUUUUGGUUUGGCUUCUCUACCCUUGUUUAUGCGCACAGGGAGAAGUUAAAACACAACUUAUCAAGAUUUGUAGUUAUAGUUUGGGUAUUUGCAGUACUCAUAUUGACUACGAGUUAUACUGCAACCUUGACAUCAAUGAUGACGGUGCAACAGAUGAGGUUCAACUCCAACAAAAACCACGUAGGUCGACUUUUGGGAUCACGUAUCGCAAUGGCGGCCUUCGCCAGUUCCGGCCUCCAAGUACUGAGUAUGAAGGGUCUCAAUAGUUCUAAAGAAUAUGCUAACCUCUUGUUAAACAAAACUGCCACACUUGUUGUCGAUGAGUUGCCAUACCUCAAAGUCCUCAUUGGAGAGAAUCCUGAGAAGUUUUUUUUGGUCAAGACACAAUGUAUCACCAACGGUUUCGGCUUUAUGUUUCAAAAGGGUGACGAAUUGGUUCCUAAGGUGUCCAGAGAAAUCUCGAAUCUGAGGACAAAUGGGAAGCUAAACGAGCUGGCGAACGGAUGGCUCGAGAUUCAACUUCCAUACACAACAGAUGAUACAUCAAACCCUAUAACCCUUGACAGGUUCCGCGGUGUGUUUAUGAUCACUGGAGUUUCUUCAGCUUUUGCUCUUGGAGUACUUCUCAUUCACUGGCUCCGAGAUAGAUGGGAAUAUGUUGUGAAUUUGGUCAACAUAUUCCUCUUGCAACGACUUGUACAUCUGAGGAACCUCUUCGCAAAACUUAUCUAUCUGAUCAGUCCCCUCGCUGACCCUAUUGACGAGGAUACGUUUCAAAUAGCUCAACGUAACAUACAAUAGCAACUGGUUCACACAUAGCAAAAGGUCCAUUAUAUCAUUCGUAGCAUCCUUAAUACAACAUGAAGUGGAUGCUCAUGUUUUUUUUUUUUGAAAAAAAAAAUGGAUGUUCAUGUUCUUGUGCAUGAGUUUAUAGCUUAGGUAUAAAUUAUAAUGAAUGUUUAGAGCAAUCCGUGUUUGUAGAUUAUAGAUGUAAUUGUUGUAAUAUAUUUACCUAUCUUAAUGUAAAAUACAAAUUAUAGUUUGUAAUCAGAUUAUCUACUUCACUUUCUAAGCUUAAGAAAAAAAAAAAAAGAAACACAUAUUAAAAUGAUAUUUUUGUUUUGUAUAAAUUAAAUUUAAUGAGAAUAUACAGUUAACAAUAUAUUUCCCCAUUCUGAUUAAGAUGUGGCUAGUGUUUUCCAGAUUGUUAAUAUUGGGUUUUCUUUUGGGUUGGGCUAACAAAAUUAAUGGUCUACAUAACCAUCUUCUGAAGAGAGAAAAAUAGAGAACAAACAAUUGAACAAACCCUAUUCUCCAGUUCCCUCCUCUUUCUCUUCUCCAAUAACUCCUCUCGUCUCCUCCGUUAACUUACUCCAUUAACCUGCUACAGUUUUCUAUCUUGUGCUACUCCAUAAUUCCUUGUUCUAGGGCCGGUUCUGAGCAUAUGCAAGUAAAACAUUAGUCUAUAAUCCUCAAAAUUUAAAUAUAAUUUACAUGAACAUAAGUUUCCAAAUUUCUAAAACAAAAAGGUUUAUUAUAAAUACUAUUACUAAAUUGUUUAUACUCUUCAAAUUUUCAGAACAGUCUAUGCCUUGUCCCAUCUAUUUUGGUCGGUAAAAAAGAAAAAA